CCCACUGUUUGUGAACGGGAGCUCUGUGUAUUUGCUUUCCAAACAUUAGGAGUGAUGAACGAAGCUGCUGAUGAAAUUGCAACUGGGGCUCAGGUGGUUGAUCUGUUAGUAUCCAUGUGUCGGUCUGCAUUAGAGUCACCUAGGAAAGUUGUCAUUUUUGAGCCAUAUCCUUCUGUAGUUGAUCCUAAUGAUCCUCAGAUGCUAGCCUUUAACCCCAGGAAGAAGAAUUAUGACCGAGUCAUGAAAGCAUUGGAUAGUAUCACUUCUAUUAGAGAGAUGACACAGGCACCUUACUUGGAAAUAAAGAAGCAGAUGGAUAAACAAGACCCGCUUGCACAUCCUCUUCUACAAUGGGUUAUUUCUAGUAAUAGAUCACAUAUUGUGAAGCUACCGGUGAAUAGGCAACUAAAGUUUAUGCACACUCCCCACCAGUUCUUACUUCUCAGCAGUCCACCAGCCAAAGAAUCCAAUUUCCGAGCUGCUAAAAAUCUCUACGGAAGUACCUUUGCAUUUCAUGGUUCACACAUUGAAAAUUGGCAUUCCAUCCUGAGGAACGGCUUAGUUGUUGCUUCCAAUACGAGGCUGCAGCUCCAUGGUGCAAUGUUUGGAAGUGGAAUCUACCUUAGUCCAUUGUCAAGCAUAUCAUUUGGUUACUCAGGGAUGAACAAGAAGCAGCAGAAGGUGUCAGCUAAAGAUGAACCAGCUUCAGGCAGUAAGGGCAGUAACACAUCACAGUCACAGAAGAAAGGACAACAGUCACAAUUUUUGCAAAGCCGUAACUUAAAAUGCAUAGCCUUAUGCGAAGUGAUAACCUCAUCCGAUCUGCACAAACAUGGGGAGAUAUGGGUAGUUCCCAAUACGGAUCACGUGUGUACAAGAUUUUUCUUUGUCUAUGAAGAUGGUCAAGUGGGUGAUACAAGUAUAAAUACACAGGAACCAAGCAUUCAUAAAGAGAUUCUUCGAGUCAUCGGCAAUCAAACUGCUACUGGUUAAAAGGACCACUCUUAUUUAACUGAUGUGAUUUGGAAGCCUUCCUCAGUGUCAAAGCUGGAUUUUGAACUGAAGAAGACGCAAAAAGCUAAUUUAUUAUUAUUAUUAUUCUAAGCAAAUUAACCCUUUGAAUACUUACUGUUUUCUUACUUAGUAUUUCUUAUCUCAUCAAAAUACCUGAGAUGAUAUGAAUUAGCAACUGUAGGGGUGCAAAGUCUAUUAAUAUACUACAGCUAGUAAUUAAAUAGGAACUUGGGUUGCUCACAAUAAACAGACUUU